AUGGAAUCUUCCCUUAACCUCCUCCUCCUCCUCCUCUUCCUCGCCAUAUGCCAUCGAGUAUUGGCGGCAACAUCGCCUUCGGGCUCCCCUUCGUACCCCGAAGAAGCCCUUCCCACCAGAUCAGGCUACGUAACAGUCAACUCCACCACAGGCUCUGCUAUCUUUUAUGCAUUCUAUGAAGCCCAAACUUCCUACAACAAAAUACCAAUAUCAGAGUCCCCUAUCCUCAUUUGGCUCCAAGGGGGCCCCGGCUGCUCGUCCAUGCUAGGGAACUUACGCGAGGUCGGUCCAUGGAUUUUGAAUCAAGAGCUUACACUUGAAGCAAAUCCAGGUUCUUGGAAUAAAAUCUUUGGACUCGUCUUUCUUGAUAAUCCUAUAGGAACUGGAUUUAGCAUUGCUGCAUCAAAUCAAGAAAUUCCAAGAAACCAAUAUGAUGUUGCUAAGCACCUUUUUAUUGCAAUCCAGAAGUUUAUAGCCUUAGACAAAUCAUUCAAAAAUAGGCCAAUUUAUUUAACUGGUGAGAGUUAUGCUGGAAAAUAUAUUCCAGCACUUGGAUAUUAUAUUAUUAAGAUGAAUUCCCAGUUGCCUAAAGAGAGUAGGGUGAAUUUGGAGGGUGUUGCUAUAGGAAAUGGAUUGACAGAUCCAGAGAUUCAAGUGUCUACUCAUGCUAUAAAUUCAUUUUAUUUAGGUUUGAUUAAUGAAAAACAAACGGCCCAUUUAGAGAAACUUCAAAUGGAAACAAUUGGAUUCGUUAGAAGAGGUAAGUGGAGUGAGGCAACAGAUGCAAGAAAUAGAGUGUUGGAUACCUUAACAAACAUGACUGGUUUAGCCACUUUAUAUGAUUUCAGAAGGCUAAUUCCUUACCAAAACGGUGUAGUCGACAAGUUUUUGAACAAUGUCGAGGUGAAAAAGGCGUUAGGAGCGAAGGAGGACAAAUUUUUCGAGAGGUGCAGCAAUGUGGUGAGUGGUGUGUUGCACGACGAUGUGAUGAAGAGCGUUAAGUAUAUGGUCGAGUUCUUGGUUAAGAACACGAAAGUGUUAUUGUAUCAGGGACAGUGCGAUUUGAGAGAUGGCGUGCCCUCGACUGUGGCUUGGGUGAGGACGAUGAGAUGGGACGGGAUUCCCAGGUUUUUGGAGGCAGAUAGAAAGGUUUGGAAGGUGGAUGGGAAGCUAGCUGGUUAUGUGCAGAAAUGGAAAAGUUUGAGCCAUGUCGUUGUGUUGAAUGCUGGGCAUCUUAUGCCUGGUGAUCAACCUGUCAAUUCUCAGGUAAUGAUCCAAGAUUGGCUCUUAGAGAGGGGAUUAUUUGCUAGUUAG